AUGCUCGGCAGCGCCCUUGGCGAGCGCAACAGUUCGGGUUCAGAUGGCCUCGCGCCCCGCGUGGGCUUCCUGCAGCCGCCUGCCAGGCGCAGCGUGCACAAGCGGGCGAGCAAGCUGCCGCCACUCGGAGGGGGCAGGGGCAGCGCACCAGAGUUCGAGAAGUCGGAGCCCGAGUCGGAGCCGCUCCUGCUGCUCCCCAAGAGCGGCUUCCCCGGCAGCCACGACAG